AUGCGGAGGCUUGUCACUUUCAAGAGGAUCAGCCUGGGCUUUAGGUGUCUCCGUGUGCUGGCAAAACGUUUGCAGCAACAACAAGUAAGUCAGCGCCAUUCUCUAAUCACACAGCUGGCCUUCAAGACGGCACCAAAGAAAGACGAGAAGCUUAAGAAGUCAACCUGGAAGCUCAGUGUGGAGCUUACUCAUCCAGCAGAAGAUGGAAGUUUUGAUUCUGGAAAUUCUGAACAGUUUCUACAGGAGAAAGUUACAAUGAAUGGAAAGACUGGAAACCCUGGCAAGGCUGUCCACACUGAAUACUUCAAGAGUAAAAUCACCGCUCUUUCUGAUAAACAGUUCUCUAAAAGGCAUUUGACAUACCUCACCAAGAAAUUCCAUGAAAAGAACAAUCUUUGUGAUUGGCUUGGUGUGGCUGCAUCUGACAAGAAGACUUCCAAACUUCAUUACUUACAGAUUAAUCAAGAUAAAGAUGGAUCUGACUCUGAGGACUCGAUGAAGCCAUCCCAUAUAGGGAUGCUAAUGGGAUGCUUUAUUCGCUAA